ACUGCACGUUUCUGUCCCGACUCAUCUAUCGAUUUGUUAUUUUUGAUGCAGACAAAACAAGAAUGAAGUCAAACAGUGGUAGCUGGAGGUAAAGUUGAUAAAACACAAACUUUAUUAUUGCAAUGACUGCAGGGUCUGACGUUGGGGGUCUACUGCAUGAUGACAGGCCUAAUCUCUUACACGUCAGCCCCGGAGACAACCUCUCUUGGCCUAACGAGGAUAAGAAUUUAACAUACAUACCACCAGGCACUUGGUGGCCUUGGUGUGACUACUGGGAGAAUCCUCAGCAUAUUCUAUUUCAAUUGGCCAAUAUUUGUUUUGUGCUAGGAUACUCAUCCACUUGUUCAAAGAAAGGAGUUUUGUUUAUGCACUGCUGGCUGAUAUUGGGUCUCAUGCUAUUUUCCGCAUGGGCAUGGAACAUCAUAUGUGCUCCAGAUGUAUUCACUUGGAAUUUUGCAUUCAUGCUUAUGAACGUUGCACAAGUUUUCCAUAUCCUCUACCAAAUCAGACCUGUUAAGUUUGAUCCUGAACUAGAGGAAGUUUACCAUGCCCUAUUCGAACCAUUUAAGCUAACUAGGUUGCAGUUCAAAAGAAUGGUUAGCAUAGAUUUCGCACAGAUAAUGUCUUUGCAUGCUGGAGAAGCGUAUGCUGUUCAAAAUCUGACCAGAACAGAUAGACUAGGUUUACUUUUAUCUGGGAAGUGCAACGUCCUCUCUGAUAACCAGUUUCUUCAUCCUAUUCUUCCAUGUGAAUUCCUAGAUUCUCCAGAAUUUGAGUCGAGUAGAAAUACAGUUGAUGACAAAUUCAAAGUAUCCAUAGUGGCAGCAAGUACUUGUCGGUAUUUAUAUUGGCAAAGAUCUGCCCUUGAAUAUUUAUUCGUGAAGGACACUUACAUAGCAACAGUCCUUACAACCCUAAUUGCCAGAGAUAUUACGACUAAACUUUAUGCCAUGAAUAAUAAAAUAGUAACCGCUAAAGGAUCCCAUCUUGAUAUCCGUUUGCCUAGCAUAACUUCUUCCCUGACUUCAAGUGGGGAAUACAGAUCACCGAUUAGAAUGAAAAACGCUAAUGGAGGAGUUUGUUCCAUGUCUCCUGGUCCGAUAUUCAACAAGAACAAACCAAACGAAAGAUACGGAGUAAAAAAAGACAAUAGUUGCUCAACACAAAACGACCAAGCUGAAAUGGAGCCUCUCACUGAACUACCCUCCAAUGAUGAAGAUGUGGCAUCCAAUGAUUUGGAAAGCUGGUUGGAGACGAGUUCGAAAUAUCACAGCUGUGAAUUGGUUGAUGGAGAUUAAAAGAUAUUUAUAUUUGA